AUGGCCUUCCUCCAACUCUUCAUCCUCGUCACGGUCAUGUUCAUAUCCACAUUCAUCUUGGGCAGUCUACCACUGAGUCUGUCGACCACCCUCUCGCCCACCCGGUUCCAUCAGCUGUCGAUCUUCAGCGUCGGGCUGCUCAUCGGCGCGGCGCUGACAAUCGUCAUCCCCGAGGGAAUCGACACCAUCUAUUCUUCUUCCGAGGCCUCUUCCUCCGGCCUUCGCGCUAACCAAACCGACACCUCUCCUCAGCCUAUCAUCUCACAUGAGCCUCAACUUCGUCACCAUCAUACUACCAUCGGCUUGGCUCUCAUGGGCGGAUUCAUGCUCAUGUUUUUGAUUGAUCAGUUCACUAGGAUUCCUACACUCGUCAAAAAGAACCCCGUCGAAGGAAGAGCAAGUCGAAGGAACUCGAGCACCCGCUUAUCUAAAGUGGUCUGUUCCUCAUCCACUUCCACAACAACAUCAUCCUCCCAAACGACCCGAUUACUUUCCGAGGAAGGCUGUCAUGAAGACGGUCAUCCAUCCGGGCCUUCUCAUCCUUCGCCCAAUGAUGAACGUGAUGAAGACGAGGAGUUAGAGCCUGAGGGAUUAAAUGAAGAGGGGCUGGACGAGUCGGGCGAAGGAUCCCCAGAGUUAAGAGGAAACAAUCGGACAAAGAACAUCAAGCUUCAUUCCCAUUCAUUCUCGACGGUGAUAGGUCUUCUGACGCAUUCAGUAGCCGACGGGAUAGCCCUAGGUGCCUCGUCGACCCACGCGACUCAUCAAGAGCCAAACGGAAGACUGUCGUUAGCCCUGAUAAUUUUCCUCGCGAUCAUGGUUCACAAAGCGCCGGCGGCCUUUGGAAUGGUAGCGGUCUUAUUAGCCGAAGGCCUUUCGACGGGGGCGGUGCGACGGAUCUUGUUGGCGUUCAGUCUGGCUGCGCCGAUGGGCGCGUUGACGACUUGGACCGGCCUUGCACUUGUCGACAGACUCACCGGACGGCCCGCCGACCUUCCCGAGAAAGCCGAGGAUGCGUUCCAAUGGUGGAUCGGCGUCACCUUGCUCUUCUCUGCCGGCACUUUCCUCUUUGUGGCCACCCAUGCUCUCCAAAACACUUCCUCAAAUCCUGUCGACCCUUGUUGUCCCCAAAUCCCCGCCAAUCCCUCUCCCUCUACUCAUCUUGACCCUGAACUCCCUUCCCAUCAUCUCCAUCUUCCUGCUAGAUCUCCCCCUAGUCCUUCUUCUUCUUCGUCGCAGGUCUCUGUAAGCCCUUUACUUACUUGCUGUCUAAUGGCGUCGGGGAUGUGCUUCCCUUGGUUACUUACCUUACUUGUCGGAAGUCACCAUCAUUAG